AUGGUGACUUCGUGGAUUCUUAAUUCCUUGUCAAAGGAGAUCGCAGACAGUGUUGGAUAUGUAAAUGAUGCUAUGGAGUUGUGGAUCAAACUAGAAGAUAGGUAUGAGCAAACGAGUGGAGCUCGAUUGUACCAAAUCCAAAAAGAAAUAAACGAUAUAUCUCAGGAAAAUCUUAACAUUACCAACUACUGCACCAAAUUGAAGAAGCUCCGGGAAGAAUUGAGCACCUUGAGUAAAAAGUCUCAAUGCACUUGCAACUAUACCUGUGGUGCGAAGGAAAAUAUCUACAAAGCUGAGCAGGGCAGGCGACUAAUACAAUUUCUUAUGGGGUUGAAUGAAACCUACACUGUGAUUCGAGGAAGCAUCCUCAUGAUGAAUCCAUUACCAAACUUAGAUCAAGUUUUUUCUCUCCUAAUACAAGAUGAGAAGUAG